CCUAAUACUAUUUCAAUAUUUAAAGUUAUAGUCACCACAGUUAUAAUAUUUUAAGUUGUCGAUGAUUAUAGCGAUUAAUGAUAUUAAUAUUUUGUUAAUGAUAUUAAUAUUUAAAACACAUAUUUUUGAUUGAUUUAAUUUCUUGAAAGAUGUCACGAAUAAGAAGACUUUCUAUUCGUGGUAUUCGUAAUUUUGGUGAUGAGAAAGAAGAAGCUUUGAUUAGAUUUUCUCGUCCUUUAACACUUAUUCUUGGUCCAAAUGGUACUGGAAAAACAACAAUUAUUGAAGCUCUUAAAUUCGCUACUUGUGGUGAAUUUCCACCUGGUUCAGAUCGCGGAAAAUCUUUUAUACAUGAUCCGACUUUAUCAACAACUUCAUCGGUUCGAGGUGUUAUAAGAGCUGAAAUAAUUGAUGUAAUAGGUAAUACAUAUACAAUAUGUAGAACAAUAGAAAGUACAAAAGCUAAUGUGACAGUAAGAUUUAAAACUCUUGAUAGUGCUUUAAGUAGAGUAAAUAAAGAUACCAAAGAGGUCAUAUCAAUAACUAAUCGAUGUACUAAUGUUGAUACAGAACUUACAUUAGCAAUGGGAGUUUCUAAACCUAUUUUAGAUUAUGUAAUUUUCUGUCAUCAAGAAGAUCUUAAUUGGCCUUUUCAAGAUGGUAAAAAAUUAAAAGAAAGAUUUGAUGAAAUCUUUGAUAGUGCUAAGUUUAACAAAGCUCUUGAAAGCAUUAUGAAAUUAAUUAAAGAUUUGAAACAAAGAGUUAAUAUAUUAAAAGAACAAAAACAAAAUUAUCAAUUUACUGUUAAUGAAGUAAUAGAUAAAGAAACAAAGCUUGAAGAUAAUAAAAAACGGUUGGAAAAUUCCAAAAUUAAAAUUGAAGAAUUUAAUAAGGAAUUAGAACCUGUGAUUCAGAAAAUUAAAAAAUUGGAAAAAAUAGAUGUUGAAUAUAAAGAUCUACAAAGUGAACAAAAGAGGAAAAAAGCAGAAUAUGAUAUGUUUAAACAACAAUUGGAUAGUUUAAAAGAAAAUUUACAGAAUAUAUUUGAAGAUACUACAGAAAAAUUAUUAAAAGAAAUAGAAUCAUAUGAUGAAGAAUUAAUUAAAAAAAUUAAUGAAAUUGAUGAGUUUAAAAAAAGCUUAAGAGAUAUUGCUGAAAAAGAGUCUACAAUAUCAAAUAAAUUAGCCAAUGAAAGAGUAACUAAUGGUUCUUUGAGACAACAAAUUAAAGAUCAUGAGAAAAAAGUUAUUCUUCGCAAUCAAAUAUUAAAUGAAUCAUUAUCUUCCUGGAAUCUUAAUGUUGUUGAUUCAAAUGUUGUAUCAGAAUUAGAAAUAAUAGCUUUUACUAAAAGACUACAAGAAAAAAUGAGAGAAUUAGAACAUAAAUUAGAAGAAAAUAAAAUAAAAAGAGAAGAAGAAGAAAAAGAAUUGCAAAAAAUAGUUGAUAUUUUGCGUCAUAAAUAUUCAAAAUUAGACAUAGAAAAAAAUUUUAAAGAAAAUGAAAUAAUUGAAACAAGAAAAGAAAUUGAUAAAAUAAAAUUGGAUAUUAUGCAGCUUAAUGCAGAGUCAAAUAAGUUAAAUUUUAUUGAAUCAAAAUUACAAAAAGUACAAACAAGAAUUCAACAAUUAAAUGAUGCAAUAAAUGUGGAUACUAUGAAGAAAGAAAUUGCUGAUAAGAUUAAAAUUCGAGAUGAAAUGGACACACUUUUAAAUACAAUUGAUGAAGAAAUUACUUUAUUAUUAAAACAAAGUUCAUUACAAACUGAAUUAGAAUUAAAUAAAUCUACAUUACUUAUUAAAGAAAAAGAAAUAGAAAAAUUGAAAAAGAAACAUGAAGAAAAAAUAAUUUCUUUACUUAAUAUCAAAGAUAUAUCUCAAAUCAAAUUAAAAAAUAAUUUUGACAUGGUUCAAAAAGAAUUGAUAAAUGAAAUAGAAUCUAUUAAUCAAAACAUUCGAACAGAAGAACAUCAAAUAGCUACAUUAGAAACAACAAUAUCACAUAUUGAACAUGAACUUCAAAAUAAAAAGAAAGAAAUAAAUUUGAAUAAAGAAAAAAUUUCAUCAAUUUGUUCAUAUAAAAAUUUUGAUGAAGUAUUAUUAUUACAAUCAAAGAAGGUAAAAGAUCUUCAAGAUAAAAAGGGAAUGUACACUCAUCAAAGUGCAGCUUACAAAGAAUAUAUAAAACAAUUAAGAAAUACAAAUCCUUGUUGUCCUUUAUGUCACAGAGGUUUUGAUAAAAUUGAAACUAUUACAACCUUAUUAAAAGAAAUGGAAACUGAAAUAGAAAAUCAUCCAAAUCGUUUGAAAGAAUGUGAAAAAGAAUUGAAAGUACAACAAGAAAAAUAUGAUAAAAUGCUGCAAUUAAAACCUGUCGUUGAAAGAAUAAUACAAUUAGAAGAAAUUGAAUUAGAAAAAUUAACGAGUAAUUUAGAAAAGUUCAAGAAUAAAUUAAAUGAAUCUCAAACAACUGCAAUAGAAUUAAAAACAAAAAAUCUAUCCUGAAAAAAAUUAGUAAUGUGUAAAGAUAUUAUAGGUGAUGUUAUGUUAUGGGAUACUUAUAUUGAUGAUAUUUUUAAACUAAAACAAAUAAUUGAUGAUUUUCAUAUUCGUAUGGCUGCUGCAGGUAUUAAAACAAAACGUAGUCUUCAAGAAGCUCAAACUGAAAGAGAAGAAUUGAAAAUAUCUUUAAAAAAGAUUCGUGAGAAUAUUGAAAGAUUACAAUCUGAAAUAAAUAUGCAUAAUGAAAAAUUACAUAAUGCUCAACAGGAAGAAAAUAUAUUACAUAAAGAGCAGUUAAAAAUACAAUUAGAUAUGCAAAAAUUGAAAGAGUUAAAAGAUAAUCAAGAAAUUUUAUAUUUGAAAGAAAUUUCUCUUGGAAAAUCAAUUGAUACAUUAAGAGAAGAAGUGACUUUAUCAGAAACUGAAUUAAAUUCUGGACUUGAUAAAUUGGAAAAAAAAAAGUAUAUUUUUCAUAAAGAUAAUUGGGAAAAACAAGAAACCGAUAGAAAAUUAAUAACAGAAGGAAGUAGACGUUUAUCUGAUUUACAGAAAAUGCAGGAUGAUGUUGAUAGUUUUAUAUAUCGUAAAAUUCCCGAAUCUUUGGAAUGUUCUGAAUCAAAAAUAAAAAGUUAUGAAAAAUUACUUAAUGAAUUAUUUUGUAAAAAAAAUGAUAUGGAAACAACAAUUAAUAAAUUAAAAGAAGAAAUGACUCGUCAAGAAGUGCGAAAAAGAGAAUUGUUAGAUAAUCUUAAACUUCGUGAAACUCAGGAAAUUAUUAACAAUUUACAAGAACAAUAUUCAAAUAUAAAGGAAAGAUUAAAUACAAUAAAUUAUUCUGAAAUAUUUGAUGAAUGGCAAAAUUUACAAUGUCGAGAACAAACUAUACUUCGACAGAAAAAUAUGAUUAAAGGUAAUCAAGAAGAAUUAGAAAGAACAGUGCAACAAUAUAUUCAAGAAUUAAAAAAAGAUAUAUAUAAACAAGCUCGUAAAAAUUACAAAAGCAAAUGUAUUGAAUUAACGGUUAUAGAAGAAUCUAUAUUAAAUUUAAAGGAAUAUAGCAAAGUAUUGGAUACAGCUAUGAUACAAUAUCAUGAAGAACGUAUGACCACAGUUAAUAGAAUCAUAAAACAAUUAUGGAAGCUUGUAUAUACUGGAACAGAUACAACUUCUAUAGAAAUUCGUACAGAUGCAACUGAAGGAAUAGGUGGUACAAAAAGAACAUACAAUUACAAAUUAGUUCAAAUGAAACAUGGUCAUGAAAUAGAUAUGAAAGGUCGUUGUAGUGCUGGUCAAAAAGUUUUGGCAUCGAUAAUUAUAAGACUUGCUUUAGCAGAAACGUUUUGUAAAGAUUGCGGAAUUCUCGCCCUGGAUGAACCAACGACAAAUUUGGAUCAAGAAAAUGCUGAUAGUCUAGCAAAUACAUUGGCUACGGUUGUUAAAUUACGAUCACAACAUCAAAAAAAUUUUCAAUUAAUUGUAAUUAGUCAUGAUGAAAAAUUUUUAUUCAAAUUAGCUGAAUUAAGCAGUAAUAAAGGCUUUUAUCAACUUUAUCGUAAACAAACCGGUUAUUCAACAGUUAAAUAUUGUUUAGUAGAGAAUCAAUAUCAUUUUGCAUCAAAUGAUAUAAAAGAAGAAUCUGAUGAAGAAAUCGAUGAACAUUCUUCACGAGAUAAAUUACAAUAUGAAAUAAGUUUAGGAGGGAAAAUGCAUAAUGAACAAACUUAUAACAGAAAAAGAAACAUUGAAGAUGACGAUUUUACUGAAAAUAGAAUGUCAAAAAAAAGAUAUGUCUUUCAAUAAAUUUUUCAAUAAUAAUUAUAUUUAUUAUAUAUUUGUAAUUAAAAAUUAAAAAAUUAAAAUUUAUAUUUUAUAAAUAUAA